AUGGAAAAAAUUAUGGGGAUAGCUAAUGAUGGACCCGAGUGUAUAGUAUUAGACGCCUUAAUAUCUGCAGUCAGCACAAAGCUAAGAAGUUCCAAUCCAGCAGUAAACUUCAAUGGGAACUUUUCGUACGUUCCAACUACUAUUUCCGUAUCUAUUUUUCUCGUUUUCCUAAAUCAUCUAUAUUCGUACUUAAGUAAGAAUUCGAACAAACUUUCCAUAACAUGGAACAAAAAACAAGAGGAUCAAGAAGAAGAUGAUGAUGAUAGUGACGACGACAAAGAUGGUGAGGAAGAACAUUACAGCGACAGUGAUAAGGAGGAUUCCUCAACAGAACAGUUAGAGAAGGAUAAAGAGAAUGAAAAGCAUAUGGCAGAAGAAAGGGAGAAAAUAAGAAAACUAAUAAUUGAAGCAGAUAAUCAAAAAAAUGAUGCAGUUGUGACAAAUCUGGCGGACAUGUCGGAAGAAGAAUUAGAAGAAUGGAAAAACCAAGAAUGGAAAAAAUUUAUGGGAAGUGUCGAAGAAGAAUGGCAACUUUUAAAUUUGUGGAUAGAAGAACAAAGACAAAACUGGAUUGAUAGUAAAGAUAAAGAAUUAGAAAACUGGAUGAACAAAAUGGAAAAUAAAUGGAUGGACAUAGACAAUAUAAAUAAAGAAUACCAAUACAUAUUUAUAAAAAGUACCCUCAAAGAAGAUGACCAAAGUAAAAUAAAAGAACAGUUAAAAGAUGAACUGAAGAAUUUUAUCCACCGCGAUUGGAAAAAGUGGAUACGAGAUAAUGAGUCCUACUUAAAUACAUGGCUAAUGAAACAAUGGAUACAGUGGAAAAACAACAAAAUACUUAAAUUUCUCAUGGCUGAAUGGAAGCAUGAAGAAGAUGAAUACUGGAAUGAUUGGGAAAAAACAGAAACGUGGAAAUGGUUACAUUUCACUAAGAGGAGAAAAUGGCAAACAUGGAAAAACAGAGUUACCAAAGAAAAACAAGAAUGGGAGGAGUGGGUGAAAAUUAAAGAACAACUAGUUAUAUACACUAAAUAUAAAAAAUUGACCCAAUGGAAGAAUGCAAAAAAGCCUUCUAUUAAUCAGUGGGUAGAAUCACUCGCUGACAAAUGCAUAAAUGACUCCAGAUGGGACACUUGGAUUAAUGAAAAAUAUAAUCAAUUGGUGCUAGAACAGAAUGUGGACGAAAAAGAAGAAAUUAAUGAAAAAAUUAAAAAUAGAACAAACCAUAAAGCUUCCACAUUUAUAUCCUUUAAAAAUAAACUUCAAUCCGUAAAGGAAGAAAAAGAAAAUGUUCCUUAG